UCAAAUAAUUCAAUCGUUAACGCGAUAGACUACUACACUAUUUAACAAUGACUGGCAAAACUUUUUCAAACAAAGUUGUUUUCAUCAGUGGCGCGAGUUCAGGUAUCGGAGCAGCUACGGCUAUAGAAUUUACUAAAGAAGGCGCUAACGUCGUUAUAAACGGAAGAAACGAAACAAAAUUGAAGAACAUUUACAAACAAUGUGAAUCAUUCGGUAAGAAACCUUUAAUUAUUAAAGCUGAUAUAUCAAAAGAUGAAGAGGCAAAAGCAGCUAUUGAUGAAACGAUUAAAACAUUUGGGAAACUAGAUGUUUUAGUGAACAAUGCAGGAUUCUCUCGAUCAGGAAGCAUACUUGAUGGAAAUUUAAUGGCAAGUUAUGAUGAAAUUAUGGCAACUAAUGUUAGAGGUGCAAUGCAUCUCACAGUACUAGCAGCGCCUCAUCUGAUUAAAACAAAAGGGAAUAUAAUCAAUAUAUCCAGCGUAGCGGCUACAGCUGUACCUUUGUUACCGCAGUUUACGCCAUAUUGUGUGUCAAAAGCAGCACUUGAUCAUUUCACACGUUGUUCAGCAUUGGAAUUGUCUAACCAUGGAAUAAGAGUGAAUGCUAUUAGUCCUGGACCGGUGACAACUGAUUUUCAUAUAAAUGCUGGUUUAGAAGAUUUGAUGGCUGAUCGUACUAUACCUACUGCACUCAAUAGAGUGUCAGAAUCCAUUGAGAUCGCUGAUAUAAUAUUGUUUUUAGCAAGUGACAAAGCAAAAGGUAUAACCGGGUCCAACUAUUUGUCUGACAACGGCUUCCUUUUAGUUCACUAAGAGAAACUUGAAACAUUGUAAGAAUGAUUUAUAUUUUGAACCAAUAAAGUUUAUAAUAAAAAUGUUUGUUACCUU